CUUUUAAUAUUUCGCAUGCGGACAUUUACGAAGGACAGGAAAAAUAGAUCAAAUUAGACCAAUAAAGCGUAUUCAUAUAUUAACAAGUGUAAUAGAUUACUUGGUACGGAUCUUUUAGGUCGUAUAGAAGACUUUUUAACGGAGUGAAGGGUUGAAAAAAUGGAUUUAUCAUCUAGUGGCAUAAUAACUGUUCUGAUUUUGAGUUUUUGUUCUUUGACAUUUGGACAAAUAUUAAUAGAUGAUGAAUCAGAAAGUUCAUAUAUUAACGACAACCACUACAGAUAUGAAGAAGAUACUAAAGUCUCUGGUGAUAUCUAUAUUCUUGACAGACUGAGCACAGUGAAUGAACCGGCAGUAGAAGAGCUUCUCCAAGACAUAGUUGAAACACAAAACAAAGUUAUUGUAAAACUAGCAGGACGCGGUAUAAGUGUUAUAAGAGAUCCGACAGAAGUGUCAGAUGUCAUAAAAUACAGGGACAAUGGAGACAGACACAAUGUAGUAGAAGACAUACUCGACAUUCUGCAAGUGGCUGAGAAAAAUGUCCAUAUCAAUGUCAUAACUGAAGAUGAAUCUAGUACAGCAGAAGGCACCCAAGACCAGCUUGCUCUCAUUAAAGAAAGAGACAUCCGUGUUGAUGUUAUAUUCCUACCGGGACACAGCAAUUACUAUGAUAUGCGACACAGACGCCAAAUUAAUUUCUACCAGCUGUUAGCAAAUGUAUCUGGCGGUUCUGUGAUUCAAACAAACAAAAAUAACAUCGGGUCAGCCUUGAAUCUGUUAAAGCAAAGUAUAAAGACAACUCUAGUGCACGUGAUGAGGUUCUUUGACCAUUCGCCACCUGGAAAAGAGUUCCGAAUUCCAGUUGAUGAUACGAUGACACAGCUUAUCUUCCGGGUUCAGGUUGAAAGAUCAAAUCCUGUCAUCAUAGCUGUGACCCCUCUAGGAAUACCGUCUAGCACUCAUCCUAAACUUCUUGGUAAAGCCAGUGCUGGGACAGUCGUCGGAAUCUUGGAAGUAAAUCUUACAAAGGCUGACCAUGGGACAUGGAAGAUAUCUAAACUUGACUCAAACAUGUGGGACAUCAAGGUAGACGGCGAGAGUCCGAUUGAUUUCACACACGAGUUCCUUGAACGUGGAGCAGGAGGGUUUGGAGAGUAUCCAAUUAAAGGGCGACCAAUUGUUGGAAAGACAUACAAGUUGUCGAUUACAGUUCCAGAGUAUGCAAAAGUAAAGAAGGUUGCAAUGGGGAUGUUAUUCAACAUGGGGCAAUUAAUGCCAAUAGACAUGAAACCAUUGACAAAUGUUGGAGGACGUAGAGGAAAAUCAAUGUUUUAUGCCAACAUUACAGUACCAAAAGAUAAUUUUAUGGUUGGUAUUGAAGGUCGAGAUAUAUCGGGACACAUGUUUCGCAGAAUUGAUCCAAUUCUUAUAACCCCCAUCAGCUUGAAACUGGAAAUUCCCUCAUUGAUUGGAGUGAAAUUCUACCAAAAUGAAACACUCUCUAUACCAUUCACCGUGAUUAAUGAAGGUGCAAAAGAACAAGAUGUUGAUGUGAAAAUUGAGGACGAUAAGAAAUUUGCUUUACCUCCUUCCAUUCUCUCGGCAACAAUUAAACCAGGAGAAAACUUUACUGGACGGUUCAUUAUCAGGGCAGGUCUUACAGUGGGGGAAACAACGACUGUUACAGUAACAGCUAAACCUUAUCUCGGACCACGGACAUUCUCUCCAGGACAGUUCGAAAUCAGGCGAUUUAACGUCUUGGAUAAAAAUCUUACAACAACAACAUUAUCCACACCAACAACGUCAACUUCUACUACUGCAUCAACAUCGACACUGUCCACCCAAACAACUUCUACCACAAAGUCUACUGCAACUAUUACUAGUUCAACGAAAGCAACUUCUCCUUCUGUCAAGUCCACGUCACUUGGAGCUUCAAAAGUGACUCAAGCAUCUACAAGUACUGCUGCAAAAAUACACGUGACAGGAGGCAAAACGAGCAUUUCACCAUCUGUAUCAUCAAUAACAACAAAAACUGCCUCUAGUUCCGUUUCUUCUGGUUCAAGUAAUGCGGUUAGCUCUCAAUCACCAAUCAGUAACACUGCGUCCAUAUCGACAACGUCCAAUGCACCAGCUGGCAAAGGUUCAACACAAUCAAAAUCAAUCGUAGCAAAAACUACAGCACAGUCGAAGUCUGAAAAGGAAACUGACAACACUGAUCUUCCAACUACAGCAAUAGUUAUAGGUGUGUCAACCGGUGCUUUUGUUGGAGUUGCAGCAAUUGGUGCAAUGGCGCUUGUAUUUAGGAGGGCUUUAAAGAAAUCAAUGGAGUCUUCGGUACAGCCAAGCAGACAAGAUCCGUAUGACAGAAGAAGGCAAAGCAGUAUUGCAUGGACGUAAAUUAUUUUAGUUAUGAAAGUUUAAAAUUGAAAACUUCUCAAUAAGACUGUGAUAAAAUACAUUAGACAUUUAUUCAUUGUCGACGUCUGUACCGUUUACAGUAUAUUUUGUGUUGGAUUUUGUUUGACUUUAUACGUACACGAAUUGUAGACACAUCCUCACUUCUACAUUACAAUGCAUAAUGUCACCUAGAUUUAUGUGCAUCGGCUUAUAUUUCUUUCUGUAUUAGGUUAUCAGUCCUUAUCAAGUUGCAUUUAACUUCCUUCAUUUUGAAAAUAAAGAUAACGUUGUGAUUAAAUACUUUAUAUCUGUUUAAUAUUCUUAUAUUCUCUAUGGCAUAAUUUUAUUUAUUGUAAAUAGUUUUAUUUUUUAUAAAAUAACUUUUACAUCUGUUACUGUUCAUCAUUGUUUAGAAAAUAAAAUAUCUUGAUUCUUCCACAUAAAU